GCCCGGACUGCGGCUGCAGCCGAGUCAAACAACCUGCAGCUGAUUACAGCUUUCACGGGAAAGAUGGCGACCCGAGUCCUUCAAAGAGUGGGCAAAGGCCUGAAACAGACGAAAAAUGGGCUCCCGGCGAACGGGCAGGUCACGGUUGUCGUAAGGAGCCUCUCAGCUUUCCGUGAGGACAGCUGGUUCAAGUCCCUGUUUGUUAGAAAGGUCGACCCCCGUAAAGACGCUCACUCUCAUCUGCUCGCCAAGAAGGAAGACAACAACCUGUACAAAAUACAGUUUCACAAUGUCAAGCCUGAGUGCCUUGAUGCUUACAAUGAACUUUGCGCGGACGUCUUGCCUUCCAUUCACGCUGACCCCGAAUACUCUUGUGAGCUUGUGGGUACCUGGAACACAUGGUACGGAGAGCAGGAUCAGGCAGUUCACCUGUGGAGAUAUCGGGGAGGAUACCCGGCUCUCACCGAAGUCAUGAACAAACUCAGGCAGAAUAAGGAGUUCAUGGACUACAGGAAAGAGAGAGGGAAGAUGCUGCUGUCUCGUAGGAACCAGCUGCUGCUUGAGUUCAGUUUCUGGAACGAACCCGUCCCUCGUCCAGGACCCAACAUCUACGAGCUGCGAUCGUACCAACUCAGGCCAGGGACGAUGAUCGAGUGGGGAAAUUACUGGGCUCGUGCGAUUGAGUUUCGCCAGCAGAACCACGAGGCGGUGGGAGGCUUUUUCUCACAGAUUGGAAGUCUGUACACAGUUCACCACUUAUGGGCUUACAAAGACCUUCAGUCCAGAGAAGACACCAGAAAUUCAGCCUGGCAGCGUGAAGGCUGGGAUGAGGUUGUUUAUUACACAGUCCCUCUCAUUCAGCACAUGGAGUCUAGAAUAAUGAUUCCCAUGAAGGGUUCGCCCUUGAAGUAACCACAAACAGCGGGGGAACCUCUCGACAGCCACUGCAACUGUCGCACUGACCUGUGGAGAGUGUAACCAACAACCAUCGGAGUGUGCACUGCCAGGGAAAUCUGCGUAACAUCCACAUGCUGUUUCUGUUUUUGUUUUUGUCUUUGUUUCUUUACUCCCCUUUUUUCUGUUUGGGACUAGAAUGUCUUAUUUCAGGUGACGAGGUCAAAUCACCAAAACCGCAUCUGUUACAGCAGUUACUGUGUUACCGAUCCAUGACUUUGUGUAGACAAAAUAUAAUUUAACAUGCCCCUCCUAUUGACUGUCUCCAUCUUUCAAAGAGUCCAAUUACAAGAGCCUUUGCUUAUUUUAUAUGAUGAUAUUAAAACAUCAGUGUUUGAGUGACGAGAUACCAGGAAGAGGUCACAGGGUCCGAAAAUGUGUGGCGGUCUUUCAGAAAAAUGGCUCAUAAUCCUUGUUACACUAGCAGAUAAUAACACAAAGAACAGUAUCUGCCUCCAGUAUCUCAUAACAAAAACACGGUCAGAAGCUCACAGUAUGAUUAUGAAUUGGAUAAGCUUCUUUAAAUGUUUCAGCUGAUGGUCAGUUUUGCAAAGAGGAGCAAGCUGCUUACAAAUGACUGUUUUAAAAUAAGACGAUGAAGCUGAUUGUCAGAGAUGUAGGCCUGCUUCGUACGGCCACAGUCAGACUCCAGCUUUAUAUUCAGUAAAGGUUCACCAGGUCUACACUCAUUGAGAAAAUGUGAUUUUAUGUUUACAUGGCUUUAAUCCCGCCAACUGAUUAGGGUGCGUUCUCACCAUUUCUACCAGAAUCAUUUGGCUGGAUGAAAAGGUUCAUAACGACACUGGUACAAAGACGCACAGAAAUAAAAGUUCACAAAUUCACCACUGAGUGUUGGACUAGUCAGACCAGGAAGCUAGACUUUUAUGGAGAGCACAGUCUUAAUCCCCGCUGGAUACGUGAUGUCCAGUUCUCAGGGUGAAGUUGUGCUGAUUUGCCAAAGGAGUCAUUUUCCAAGUUUGUGUCUCCUCCGUUAAACUGACCACAUCUCCAGAUUCUUACCUAACUUAAACAUCAUGACAACGUCGGGCUCUUUUAGCUGUGGAGAGGGGGGACAAGAUGAUUGAAAAGAUUUUUUUUUCUUGCAGAACUAAUCAGUAUCUACAAACUGCUGUACACUGACUGGUUUGGCCUGUCCCGCAGUCAAGCAAUUAAUGCCAACCGGGUGAUUGUGUGCUUAAACUGAGAUUAACCGGGUUUUUUAAAUGGUCAGAUUGUAGAUAGUACAUAGUGGGUUUAUUGACCAAGCCAGAGAUCUGGUCGAUCCUGUAUCUGUCAAUGACGUGGGAUAUUCUUAACUAUCUUGUAUCACAUGGACGGGAGAGGAGUAAUAUCUCAACGUGCUAAAUGUAAGUUGCAGUGCUUUAAUAAGAUUAGUUGUACAUAUUGAAUAAAAUUCUGAUGGGGGGAAAAAAAA